CACUUCACACUUUCACCACUCACUUAGAACCAACCAAGAGCAAAAUACAAACCGAGAAACAAGAACAAUGAAUGACCCUUUUGUUAACGUAGUUUUCGCCUAAACAUUUUCCUUUGGCCUCCUCUUCACAACACAAGAGAUUCCCCAACAACACAAAACACCCUAAAUUUUAACUCUCUCCCUCCCUCUAACCCUUCACAAAGCAUGGCACUUUUUGAAGCUGGACUACUCGGAUCACAGACCCAGUAUGGUGUUUUUUGUUGAGCUUUGGAUUUUUGCAAGAUAAGUAGUCGACUUGUUUUGGGCACUAUUGACAAUGGAGACUCCCAAAACCCCAGAAACCCUAGAGGCUGCUGGGUUCUUAGACUGGAAUGAAAGCUGUCCCGGGUUAGAAGAGUCUUUUUCCAACAUUUUCGAAAGUAAUGGAAGAAGAGUUGAUUUUGGUCAUAAUGAUGUUGGGCUUGGGACUAUGGAAGUGGCAACUCAAGUGGUGCAACCUGAGGAGACAAUGUUAGAUGGUACUAAAGGAGGAGUUUUGGAAUUAGGUGUGCAUGAAACAAUGUCUGGUCUCGGAAACAGUUGCGUGAAUGAUUUUGGGUUCGGCACUGUGGAAGUGGCAACUCAAAUGGCGCAAGCGGAGGAAACAAUAUUAGAUGGUUCUAAAAGAGAAGAUUUGGAAUUGGGUGCUGAUGCAGCGAUUUCUGGUGUACAGAAGAGUUGCGGGAAUGAUUUUGGGUUCAGCACCGUGGAAGUCGCAAAUCAAAUGGUGGAACCGGAGGAAACAAUAUUAGAUGGUACUAAAAGAGAAGAUUUGGAAUUGGGUGUUGAUGCAGCGGUUUCUGGUGUACAGAAGAGUUGCGUGAAUGGGGUUGGGGUGGAAGAGGUUUAUAUCAUUAAUACUCAUGUUGAUGUGGGAGAUGAGGCUCAGAUGGUAUCCAAACUGAAACUGUUGCAAUCAGAAAAGGAAAAUGACCAUCAGAAUGUUUCUGUGGAGUUAAAGUCUGUGGAUGAUGAUCGUACAAAUGAAGACAAAACAUUGGGGCUGAGUACGGAUGGUAGUCAGAGAGAUGAUGAUGGAGUUGAGAAGAUGUUUGAAGGUGUUAAAGUAGAGAAGAUGGUUGAAGGUUUUAGAGUUGAGAAGAUGGUUGAAGAUGGUGGAGUUGAGAAGAUGGUUGAAGAUGGUGGAGUUGAGAAGAUGGUUGAAGAUGGUGAAGUUGAGAAGAUGGUUGGAUAUGAUGGAGUUCAGAAGAUAGUGGAUGAUGAUCAUAUGAAUGAAGACAAAGCUUUAGGAUUGAGUAUGGGUGGUGGUCAGAGAGAAGAUGAUGGAGUUGAGAAAAUGUCUGAAGAUGGUGGUGAUGAGAAGAUGUCUGAAGAUGGUGGAGUUGAGAAAAUGUUUGAAGAUGGUGAAGUUGAGAAAAUGUUUAAAGAUGGUGGAGUUGAGAAGACGGUUGAAGAUGAUGGAGUAGAGAAGGCAAAGGACGACGAUGGUAUGAAUGAGGCCAAAGCAUUGGCAUCGAGUAUCGGUGGUAGUCAAAGAGAAGAUGAUGUUGGGAAGAUCCUUGUGGACGAUGCUAUCACUGAAGACAAAGCAUUGGGAUCAGAUGGGAUUGAAUCGACUGUUGAUUUAACUGGCAACAAGCAAGAAGUUUCUGGUGAUGGUAUUUCGCUGUUUGUGGAUUUUACUGGCCCUCCACCAGGAUUUAUUGUUGAUAUGGGUCCUGGGAUCACAAGCAAGGGCAAUGCACAAGAAUUUGGAGAUGAUGAACUGGAGAAGGAUGAAGAUGAUCAAGAUUAUGAUUUUUCUGUGGGUGAUAUUGUAUGGGUUAAAACUAAAAUAAAGACAUGGUGGCCUGGUAGGAUUCAUGAUCCUGUAGAUGGAUCAAAGUACGGGAUGGUUAGUGACCAAGAAGGCUGUCUACUAGUUGGGUACUUUGGGAUGGGUCAUGUUGCUUGGUGUCGUCGAUACCAACUAAAGCCCUUCCCUCAGUACUUUGAGCAGAUUUCAGGGCAAAGCAAGGCUAGAAUUUUUGUUGGAGCUGUAGAGAAAGCUCUUGAAGAGUUUGGUGGCCGUGUAAAAUUGAAUAUGACUUGUGCCUGUAUUUUGAAAGAAAAUCGACUGUCAGUUGAUGGUCCAGCAUCUAAGGAAGGAGUUCCUGACCGCAACUCUAGUGAACUUGGUGAAUUUUCAGUUACUCAUUUUGAUUCUGCAAAGUUCCUUGCACAUCUGAAAAAUCUUGCUCAGGUUGUUUCCAAAGUUGGCAUACUUGAUUAUACUGUUACACUUGGUCGAUUAUCAGCCUUCUAUAGCUCCACAGGGCACAGCCAGCUGCCAAUGCAUCUACUUCGGGAAGGAAAUGAUGCUGAAAGUGGUGCCGACGGAACCUUGCUGAUGCAAACAGAUGAAACUAUCUUACAUCAAGAAAAGAAUGACAAGAAUGAAGCUUUUGCAAAGCUUUUUGGUGGGGGCAGUGCUGAUAAAACUUCCAUCUCAAGUUCAAAGUCCAGGAAGAGAAAGAUGAAGAGGGAUUCUGAAAUUGAAGAGACUAGCCUAGUGAUAUCCCCGACAGUGAAAGAAAGCAAUGCUUCCAGUCUAGGAAAUGGUGAUGGCGGAAAUGAAGGAAUGAUUGAAAUAGGCGCUGAGUCGAGAGAAAGGAAGAAGAGUAGGUACUUGUCUUACCCAUAUGUAAACUGGGGGCAGAAAGGAUUGUCUGCGGAAGGAAUGGCAGCAACUACUGAUGGUGGACCACCGUCUAAUUUUAAAAGCACUGGUGAGAAAUUCUGGAGGAAAUGGCAUAGGAGGUUUACUGGUGUGAAUAACACAUCUGGUAAUUCAAAUGUGAAAAAUACGUCUUCUGCUGAGUUGCUUUCUGAAUUCUGCUCUGCAGCCAUCGGCUGCCAGUAUCCGAUUGAAAAUAAAGCAUUUGAUUCAGUUGCUUGGUUCAUCUCUAACUUCAGGAUAUCAGUAUUUCAUGAUGAGCCCAUUUGUGAAACCUACAGUAAGAACAUGGCUGGUCAGGAUGAGGAUAAAGAUGCUGAACCUUGCCUGUUGGAAAAUGGUGGCCAGAAUGAGGCUAAAUCUGAGCCAAAGAAAAGAAAUAAAAAGGCAGUUUCGAAGCAAUCAGAGGGUGAAGACGCUGCCAACACGUCAAGCUUAGUUCAAAGCCCUGCAACUGCUGUAGAGGGUAUGAAUGGAAACCUUGGCAAGAAAAGGGGACGACCAAAGUUAGGGAGAUCCAAGACUAAAUCCCUUUCUGGGAUGUCAGAUGUCAAUACAAGCAUUGCCCCUGAUGUCCAAAUGGUACAAGAUUCUUCAGCUGUCGGCCCUCUCAUGCCCUGUGAUAAGCCUAAGCAAAAGAAAAGAGAGAAGGUGGAAGGAGCAAGUCAAGCAAGUUUGCAGACUAAACAAACAAUUGGUAUACCUGAUUUGAAUGGUAACAGUGUUCUACCUACCGUUCUGGUUAAUAAACAACAGGCUAUUGGCCAUGCUGUUUCUGAAGGUAACAUUCAGCUAGGAAAGAGAUUGGGGAUGGAAACUGCUUCAGAGCACUCAAUAGCCAAUAUGGCUCCUGGCUUAGUAGAUGCUAAUGGAAACAAUUUGGGACCUGGUACAUUGGUUGUAGAUCUGGGGAUUCCUCUUCAGGCUUUGCCAUGCCUGGACUCUAACCAGGUUACCAGCCUACUCUCAGCUGAUAGUAAACCUGCCCUGAAAAAGAGAAAGAGAAAGGAGAAAGUAGAUCCAGGGGUUCCUGUUCAAGCUGACGGUAUUCCAGAUUUGAAUGGAAAUGGUGCUGAAUGCCUUACACCUCCAAGUAAACCCGAACGGAAGAAGAGGAGGAGAAAAGGAGAAGGUCUAGCAACUGCUCUCCUCUUGACCUUUGCCUCAGGAGUCCCAAUGCCUUCAAAAGAUGAUUUAAUUUCAACAUUUUGUAGGUUUGGACCCUUGAAAGAAUCGGAGACACAGUUUUUGACAGAUCCUAGUAGUGCACAGGUUGUAUUCAUGGAAAGUGCUGAUGCAGGAGAAGCAUUUCAGAGUUUAGAAAAGAACAACCCUUUUGGCACAAACCUUGUAUCUUACAGGCGCUUUAAUCUUCCAUCAGUGUCCAAGGUUUUAGCCACAAGCCUAGCCUCUCCGCCUACAAAGAGAUUGCUGAGUCCUGUACAAUCCCCUGGCAAGGGACCUUGCCUUGACGUCAUAAGGCAGAAUCUUCAGAUGAUGACAUCAAUGCUGGAGAAGUCGGGUGAUACUCUUUCUCCAGAGAUGAGAACCAAACUGGAGUGUGAAAUAAAAGGCCUCCUACAGAAGGUGAGCUCCACAGCUGGUUCUUCCUCUGCUUAAUUACAUUAGGUUAUGUACUUCAUAUGAAGGUGUCGAUGUAGUGACCUUUUAGGGGGGCCUUUUUGGUGAUGUUGGUUUUAAAAAGCCUCUGUGACAGUUUGAUGAGAGGGCAUGAGCAUCGACUCAUUUGAAUUGGAGCCCCUAUGUAAGUCUUCUUUUGGCUGGUGAAUGAUUGGAACCAUGUAUUCUGGAACCAUGUAUUCUAACUUUUUCAGCCGGUGAAUGAUCAGACCGUAUGUAUCUCUAUCAGUAUGAACCUCUUGGUUAAGAACCUCUUUCUAAGUUUUCAGUUUUGAGACUCGAAUUUAGCAUUUUUUGUCUUUGACUUUACUAGAUAAGGCUCCUGGAGUCUUGUUA